AUGUUUCGCCAAAUAUGGGUAUCUGAAUAUCAUCGCGACUUUCAAAGGAUUGUAUGGAGGGAAAGUCCUGACUUGCCUCUUAAACAUUAUCGGUUGAACACGGUUACCUAUGGAACUGCAUGUGCACCAUUUCUGGCAGUAAGGGUUCUGCAGCAGCUGGCUCAUGACUCCAAGGAACAGUUUCCCCGCGCGAGUAGCAUACUGCUGGAGGACUUUUAUGUAGAUGACGUGCUGACGGAGGCGGCCUCGGAGACGGAGUUAGUGGAAAGACGUGAUGAGUUGGUUCAGCUGUUUAAAAGCGGAGGUAUGGAAUUGAGCAAGUGGGUAUCCAACUCGACUCACAUCAUUUCGGACCAGUCCGUUCACCAUGAAGUGUUCUCAGAAGAAACUACAAAGGUACUUGGUUUGUACUGGAGCCCUAAGGAAGAUACAUUGACAUACCGAGUGCAACUCUCCACCACAGCUGUGGCUAGUAAGAGACACGUUUUUUCAGCUGCUUCACGCUUGUUCGAUCCUUUCGGUCUCUUGUCUCCUAUUGUUAUACGCUUUAAGGUAAUGUUUCAAGCCCUCUGUCUCCAAAACCUGGGCUGGGACGAUCCACUGCCUACACACUUGGCUAACCUGUGGGCAGCAUAUCAGGAAGACAUUCAUCAUGUACGCGAUCUAACUAUUGCCCAUUUCGUUCCUAAUAGUGCCACCGAAUGGGAGCUUCAUGCGUUUUCAGAUGCAUCACUUAAAGCAUAUGCAGCGGCGGUCUAUUGCCGUUUCGUAAACGACACAGGCCAAUCCAACGUUUCUCUGAUAGCUGCAAAAACUCGCGUGGCACCAUUGAAAACAGUUUGUUUACCGCGGCUCGAGCUAUGUGGGGCACUAUUGCUAACACGUUUGGUUAAGGUCAUUCUUGACUCAAUGCCACACCGAACUAUCUGA